AAAUAAGCUUUUCUUUCUACUGAAAGACGUUGCACGGGGACGAAAGAGUAAGCAACUUAUUUUGUUUUGCUGCGGAGGUUGUACACAGAGAAUAACGCCAAAUGUGGAUGCUCAUGAGGAUGAUCGCCAUGUCUUUGCUGGCAGGGCUCUCAACAGUCAGUGCCUGCGCGCCAGGAGACAGCGGAGGUGGUGGUAGCUCCGGUGUCGAUGAAUAUCUAGACACGACGCCAGAAUCGCCUGUGGAUCCCAUCCAUGCCACAAUCCUCUUCAUCGUAUCAAAUCCUUGUCGGUCUAUAACUGGCCCAGAUGGUUUGACCAGUCAACUGGUUCCUGGUCCCAUACCUGACUUAGCGAACAUCAGGUUUCCCAGUAUUUCAAGAUCUCUCGUGUGUCAGCUGCCUUCAAUGGCAAACACUACAUCAUCUGAGAUCACGGGGACAUCCACAACUGAAAUGCCGACGACCGAAGAGAUGAUUACAACAAAUAGUGUCUCUACAUCGACGAUUUGGACAACAAUGACCUCUAUGGUGGGUUAUUCGACCCCGACAACGUAUGCGGCAAUGACAACACCUAGUGUAUUCAGUCACCUCGGUGAAGGUCCGAUAAUGCUUAUCCUUGACAGGUCGAGGAAGACAAUCUUCGUUGGAAGUGCUCUUAAUCUUCAGUUUGCGACACACCUGACCAUUCCUCAAUACGUGGACCCGAUUGGAAUGACGAUAAGCACUUCCAACUUUCGGGUGUUCUGGACAGAUCUUAAGACCAACCGAAUACACGGUUCGAACCUUUUGGGUGAAUACCCUAGGAUAUAUUCCUUGGGCUUGUUCGAAGAUCCUGUAAGCAUAUCAUACAUCGAGUCUAGUGGAUUGAUGUACUGCGCAUACUCUGAGUCAAAUAAGAUUACAAGACUCCAUCUUGGAUAUCCAAAAUGUGAAAAGGAACUAAUUAUGUACACACCAAAACCAAGAGCACUCGCCAUUGAUAAAUCAAGAAGGUCACUUUACUGGUCACGCGACGGUGGAAUUGAAAGAAUAGACCUCGUUUCAUUAAGGCGACAAACCAUCUACCACAACCCUGAACUCAGGAACAUUACAGGACUUGCUGUUGAUUCAGGCUCAACUACAGUCAUCGCUUUCCUAGACACUGUUAUUCACCAAGUAUUCUACAUCGACCUCAAUGAACCCGACAAUGUCGUCGAACUUACCUCGUCUUUUCCAGCCCUUGACUUCCCCUUUGUGACACAGCUGAGCGUAUAUGGCCUGGACAUGUUUCUCACGACGUCCGGUGAUGCAGCCACAGCCGGUGCGAAGCCUGGCGUCUUCUGCAUGAUGAACUACACCAAGGACUCUCGUGAUUUGCAGUUCACCGCGGUUGAUUCGUUAGACGAUCCGGUCGGGAUAUUCAUCGGCCAGUUCUAAGUAUUUUUAAUACUAAUUUAGUUUCAUAUUUCGAUUGCUUCACCGCAAAUCAAUAUCAUGUUAUAUUCUGUAUUUUUCUAAAUAGGUAAUUAGUUCUACAUUAUUUAAAUGUUAUAUUCUGUGACUUUUGUAACUCUUUGUGUGCUAUUGCAACUACGUUAUGUUAUUUUUGUAAUAUUCUAUCAAAUUAUGUAUAUGGCGAUUCCAAGCAAAAGCUGACAUUUUCCAAAAAUUCAUACUGGCUCUAUUUCAUAUCUGGAUCCAAUAAAAAGUUUAAGUUUUUUUCAUACGCAUCUCCCUAUAGUGGAAUCCGAACCAUACAAUUAUAUGCGUGGAACUACAUAUAUAUUUUUUUCCUUCAUUUUAAUUCAACAGAAAACUAUUGUUUGUUCUGUAAAAUUUUCAGUUUGAUAAUCUGAAGGUCUUCAAUCUGAACCAUACAAUUACAUGCUUGAACUACAUAUAUAUUUUUUUCUUCAUUUCAAUUCAACAGAAAACGUUUGUUCUGUAAAAUUUUCAGUUUGAUAAUCUGAAGGUCAUCAAUCCGAACCAUACAAUUAUAUGCGUGGAACUACAUAUAUAUAUUUUUCUUCAUUUCAAUUAAACAGAAAACUAUUGUUUGUUCUGUAAAAUUUUCAGUUUGAUAAUCUGAAGGUCACCAUAUUUUACAUCACAUAUUUUUUUUUCAAAUGUAAGUUGCAGGAAGGGUUAAAAAAAUGUCAAAUUUGUGGUGUCAGAAAAGUCUAAUGCCACUGACCGUAAUGCGACAGACCGGAUUUUUUGUAUCCACAAAAGAAACUUGAAGUUGCUUCCCAAAUUCAAAUGUCUUAUGUGAGAUGGAUGUAUGUUUUGCAGAUAUUGAAACUGGUAAAAGUGUUUUUAUUUGAAAGAAUUAUAUAUCAAAAAAGUAAUCAGUCAUUUUUCCGAUGUCCUUUUUGUGUAAUGCGACUUAACGAUUUUUUGGGGACGUCAUGGCGUCCACAAUAUUAGCAUACAACCUUUCUGUACAGGGCGUAGGCUGGUUUGUGCAUUGGGAGGUGCACAUCCUGGGGAGGUAGAACAAAGUUUGGAAACCAGCUGUUGAAAGCAGAAAAAUGGGGUACAAAUUUCGUUUUGCUUGCCAGUGUCGGAACUCCUAUGCCUCAGCUGAAGGGUGGGGGUGCAGGUGCAUCCAGUGCAUCCCAGCCUAUUUCCUUGCAGUAUGUAUCGUUUUAAAGCCUCGAUUGUCAAGAUAAAUUGACAGUAUAAACUUGACAGAACCCCUGUAAAACUGACAGCACCAAGUAUUAGAAAAGGCAUGUAAACGUGUAAUACGAAUGAUCAUGGAUCAUGGAUAGGUUUUUGAACUAACUGAUCAAUAAAGACUAUUAAACAUUUUUUUUAAUGGCAAUUGAUGCCAUUUUGGAAUUAAUGAGUAGAAUUUCAAUGCCUCGCAACAUGAUGUUCAUCAUGUUAAAGCUAAUAACCUGAUUGAUCGACUGUGAUAACUUGUUUGAAACCUGACGAUCACGUAUUUUAUGACUAGAACCGGAUCCGACAGCUUUAUAAUCCUAUGUCCUUUUAUAGAAGACUAAUUUCAUAUCUUUGUUAGAGCAGAUUAGAUUUAUUUUGUUCAACAAAAUAAUUUAAUCGAAGUAACAGUACAAGUACAUGUUCAAAAUAAUACAUACAGUUCAAUUACAUUUCAUUACAAAUUAUUAAAGAGAGCUUGUAUAAGGGCAAGUCCCUAAACAUAGUUAAUCCACUAUAUCAUGAAUUAUAAUGCAGGUUUCUGUACUUGACAAAUUUCAUGAAAAUUAAUGUCUUUCCUUUACAAUAUAACUUUAUCUUUUUGUUUAAUUGUGGAGGUUAUGAAGCAGUAAUAUGUAGUAAAACGCCAGUUCACGAAUAGUGAAUUAAUGAAUGAUAAUAUACCUGUAUACCUUAUUUCCAUUUUUUUUUCUUUGAAAUGAAAACCUUUCAUAGUUUUACAUGUAGCUCGAACUUGAUCUAAAUAAUACAUAUCAUUUUG